GUACAUUUAAGUAUAUAAUUAGCGAAAACAUUUUUUUCUGUGUGUGAUAUCAACUCUCAACGUGUAUUUCCCCUUGUCCUAUCCUCCCGAAUAACAUCAUAUACUUAUAAAACAUCUUUUCAGUACUAUCAUUCGAUAUAACAAAAUAAUUUCCUUGAUUUAAAAAAAGAAAAUCGUACUUGUCUGUCGCUAACAAAAAAAUUAUAUUUACACGACUUAGCCAAAUGCAAAUACACUUUUCUUAUUUCAUGUUAAUAACGUUAGUGUUUUAUUUAUGUACAAUUAAAAAUUCCGCACAAAUUAAACUACAUUCUAUGACACAAACUAUGCCAGAACAGAACACAAUCACCAAUUAUCCAACUAUCAUGAACAAUGAUCCCCCAGUACGUAUGUGUGGUAAUGUAUUCUUGCAAAAUCUUAAACGUGUCUGUGCUGUACGAGGAAUUUAUACACCAGUAAAGCGUUUGAAAAGAUCCACAUCAAAAUAUUUUGAUUUAGAAAGAAUGCUACAACGGCGUAAACGUUUCGAUGAUCUAUGCACAUUGUAUGCUAUCUAUGAACCAGAUCAAGUUGUAACACAAUGUUGUUGUAUUGGUUGUACACGUAAUUAUUUAGAACAAUUCUGUAAUCCAUCAUAUUGAGUUGAUUAUUUUUGAUGAAAAUUCCUCUUUCUUAUUUGAAUAUUCUGUAACAGAGGCGCAGAAAAAUAACUUCAUUUUUAUAUUGAUUCAACAAA